GUUUAGUGCCAUAUAACCCAGAAAGCCCUCCAAGCCCGCUGAAGCAGCAAAUCAACCAAGUUCUCAAGGCCUGUGAGAUCCAAAUGCAUUCAACUGCUCUACUAGAGGUUGAAGCACGCAAAUUACAUGCUGCCCAUGAGAAGCAGAAGCAAAAGCGCCGACGAUCUAAUAGACAGAUACUAAAUGAGGGUGGAAUGACUGUUCAGGAGAGCCAGCAGAUCAUACAGCAUCCUAUAGAAGCAAUUGAAGCACCAAGACCCGUCCCUGCAGAAGCACCAAUUUCACCUAAUUUGCCAGUUCCUGCGAGAAGGAAGCUACCAAAAUGUAGCAUAUGCGGACAGGAAGGACACAGGUCAAACCAUUGCCCUCACAGAUAGUUCUUUACCUAAUAUACUGGCGUUAAUGUGGUUAAAAAUGCGUUCAAAAGAGUAGGGUAGGCGGUAGGGUGGCGGGUCGCUUGGGGUGGCGGGUCGCUUGGGAAAUACGUUAGUUAACUAGUUAGUUAACUGUUAAAUAACUAACUAACUAGUGGCAAACAGCCCU